UAUCUCUAUUAUAAAUCUAAUAAUUAUAAAUUUUUUAAACUGGUUUUAUUAUUGCACAAUUACAAUUUUUAAUUUUGUACAUUAAUGUAAUGAAUUAUAGAAAUUUGUCUAACAUUAUUUAUUAGUUGAAAUAAACUUUGCUUUGCUUAUAUAUCAAUUAGAAGCUAUUUAAUAGAAAAGCUAUUCUAUUUCAGGCGCAACCAAAAAUGCAACACUUAUCUAAACAGGCGAAGAAACGUUUCAAACAUAGUCAGUAUGAAAAUAGUGCAAUUUUAAAUAAUGGCCAGAAUUCUAUUAAAAACACGUUUAGAUACAGAUUUGUGCAGACAGGCUCUUAUUGUUUUGCAAAACAUACUUUUCAACGUUCUGUUGAAACAGACAUUUUACAAGAACGUUCAGAAUAUCGUGGUCCCCUUAUUGUACAAUCUUUAUCUAUGUUCUACCAAACAAAAUUUUUAUGAAGAUCACAAAGUUUUCCGUUUGGAACUAUUCAAAGUAUUAAUGGCUUUAUAAAUGAAUCCACGUGUCUCAUUGGGAUUUCCUGUACAAUACUGUCUAGAAAUAUUGCGCUUGGCAGUAUGUGAUAGUGAUUUAAGUAUUGCUCAAGAAGCAAAUUUUCAUUUGCCGAGUUGAAAAAAAAUAUUCAUCCUGCUGUGUUUACUUUACAGUUACCUCGACAGCAGUAUUUUAAGAUUUUUAGUAGUUUUAUUUAUAUAUUAAAUUACGGAAAUAUAUUAAUUUUUAGAGAACCUGAACAAUUUGAUGAACUUUUUUGUUCGUAAAAAUCAAAUAAAAGAAGUUGCUACUACUAGCAGGUCAGAUAAAAGAAGUAGGACUGAAGAAGAGCUUCAAGCUGUAAAUGCAUUUUUAUAUAAACGGCCAAAAAUAAUUGCGACACAAUACAUAUAUUGAGGUAGUACAGAAUGAAAACGAUAGAAUUAACAGAAGAGACUAAUAGCAUGAAUAUAAAUAAAUCUUGGACAAAUGGUAAUUCAUGUGAAGAGAUCGAAAAAGAAAAGCUUGAAAGUAUAUCACAAGAGCAAGACAACGCAAAACACGAAGCAAAGUCAACCGAAUACAAUUCUAAAUAUUGCUACUGAAAAUAGAAUGUGAAUUGCUGCACAUAUUUAAAAUCAAGUUCGCGAAAAAUAAUCAAAUUUAUUUGAAAUAUAUGCAUUUAAUUGAAAUUAAGUUCUAUUAAAUUUCUAUCUAUAUAAAAAAUAAGUUGAAAAAUGUCUAAGAAACGUUAUUUCUCCGAGACAUAGGAUUAAAAAAGAUAAUAUUAGAUUUACUAUAUUGCAGUUAUAUAUUUUUAUAUUAUGUUAAGAACUACAUAUUAUGUAAAUAUGAAAAGGUUUUAAUAUAGGCUUUUAUUUGAAUAUAAAAA